GAAAAAAUGCAUAAAACGUGCUGCACGAGCAAUGUGUCAAAUAAUUGCUCUUUAAUUGAUAAAUAUCGUUGUGUAAUUACUUUUAAUUACACACUAAUUAUCAAUUGUUCAUAAAGUCGUAAAAUUCUCUAAUAUAAUAUUCUUAAAAUGACUCAGGUUUACGAUAAUUAUUAUAAUGAAUUUCAAAAGAAUGCAGAGUUGCAACAGAAUAUAAAAUAUAAAAGAAAAUAUCGAAGGUUAAAGAGGAUUAUAAAGCACACAGUCUUUGAAAAUGCAGCACUAUGCGAUCAAGUUGCACAAAUGCAAGAGAAUCUUAUGCUUGUAAAAGAAGAAAGACUGUUUCUUUUACGUAAAUUGUGUCAACAACAAGGAGACGUAGAUCCAUCUGCUGUGAUUCCUAGAUCUCAGUCAAAUACUAUUAAUUCCACUUUGUUCAAUCCGGAAUGCUCUACUCCUAAAAAGGCUGCAAAAAAAAGGGUUUCAACAGAUGGAUCAGAAACAAAGAACAAAUCUAAACGAUACAACAAAAUUAUGCGUAAGGUAGUUCAAUUGAUACCGAUGGAUAUGCAUGGAAGGCCUAUAUUUCCCAUUUCCUUGGGUGACCUUACUGUUUAUUCGCUUGGUGAAGUAAUAUCCGAUAGAAUACCCUAUCACACGGAAGAUCUCAUUUAUCCAGUAGGUUAUUGCAGCACAAGAGUAUAUGCCAAUUUAAGAGAUGUAAAAACAAAAAGUUUUUACACGUGCAAAAUAUUAGACGGUGGCUCAAAACCGAGAUUUGAAAUAGUGUCCGACAAUGACCUGGAUCAACCACUGGUGGGAUCAACUCCUGACGAAUGUCAUUCAAAACUAUUGAUGGCAAUUUCUCCUGCACUUCGAACAAUAACACCGAAGGGUGCUGACUUUUUUGGCAUUUCCCAUCCUACAAUUCAAAAUCUUAUACAAAGUAUUCCUGGCACUCGUAAACUAGCUGUAUAUAAACAACAACGUUUCGAAGUAAGCAAGAGUCAAAUUAUGGAGAGAGACACAAGUCCAAUAAUGGAGGAUGAAACGGAUCCUGGACUUGGAUUUAUUGCUUUGCACAGGAAUUAUACUUUAACAAAUUCUUAUCGGAUUAAGGAAGAACCUUCGGAUCAUGAUCUCCUAACUCUUCAGGAACUACUUGCUUAGUUUUCAUAACUGUUGAUAUUUAAUAGCUAUAAGUAUCAGGAGGUAUCAAACUCAACAUAAUACAUAAAACAAGAUACAUAAAAACUAUGUAAACGUUGAUAACAAUUUCAACAUAAGAAUACAAUACAUAAUUAUCAAAUAGAACAAAGUGCGAUAAAACGUGUAUAAAACGAUUUUAUUUUCCAUCUGUGUGACUUUGAAUCGUUCCAUUAAAUAAUGUACAAAUAUAUAAUAAUAUAACAUAAUGUUGAAGUAAACACA